CUGUUUUUGGAAAUUAAAGGAUUGCUAAGGUGCAGCAAAAGUUGCAGGCUUAGAUGGACUAAUUACUUAAGACCAGGAAUUAAAAGAGGCAAUUUCACACCUCAUGAAGAAGGAAUGAUAAUCCACUUACAAGCUUUAUUGGGUAACAAAUGGGCAGCCAUAGCUUCAUAUCUUCCACAAAGAACAGAUAAUGAUAUAAAGAAUUACUGGAACACCCACUUGAAGAAGAAGCUGAAGAAGUUCCAAUCAGCUGCUUUAGACUCCAUACCAACAACAAGUGAGAGAUCAAGAAACGUUUAUAAUUUGAGCCCAAUUUCAUCAAGAAACGUGACCAACUCACCAUCAUCAUCAUCAACCUAUGCAUCAAGCACUGAAAACAUCUCGCGUCUCCUUCAAGGUUGGAUGACUUCAUCUCCAAAAACGACAUUUUAUGGGAAUAAUACGACAACUAAUGAUGGAGCAAGCAUUAUUAUUGGCAAUUCACCAGUGGGUAAUGAUAAUGUUAAAGGAGUUGCUGUGCAAGAAAUGAGUAAUGGUUUAAUUUCUCACGAAGAAUUUGAGUCUAUUCUAUCUUUUGAGAACUUGAAUAAUAUUUCUGCAUGGGAUAAGUGUACUUGUGAUUCUGCAAGCGAAGAGAAAGAAGCAGAGAACAAGAAGAAGCAGAAAUCUGAGAUUAAUAAUAAUCCGCCAUUAUCAUUUCUUGAGAAGUGGCUUUUGGAUGAAAGUACCGGUAAUAGUGAUCAAGUACUGGAAGAAGAAGAAGGAGAAGGAGAAGGAGAAGAAGAAGAUGAAGCAAUGGAACUGUCUCCAAUAUUCUGAUCAUGUCAUUGUCCUUUUCUUUUCUUUUCUUUUCUUUUGUUUUGGGUUUUUGUGUGGAAGUUCUAGAGCCGAAAAAAAUUGUCAAUGGGAUAGUUUAAAGGAAAAAAAAAAGGUGGAGCAGGGGAAAAAAAUGAAAAUUAAAGACUUCUAAUUAAUCUUUUUUAGUUGGGGUUCUGAGACGUUGGGAUGUCUUUGCAAAUGUAAUUAACCUUUAAUUAGCAUCUCUUAAGCUAUUCUUAUUCAAAUAAUUAAGCAUUAAUAAUUGAUUGUAA